GGUCACGAAAAAUAAUUACAUGUAUAUCGUGUCCCGAUUAACGUCGGGAGUGCUAUGUAAAGACUUGAAUAAUCGUCGUAUUCUGGUAAAUGGUGCGUGCGCGAUCGUAAUUAACGUUUUCACGAAUGAGUAUCGUGUGAGUGUCAUGGAAUGCCAUAGAAUAACAAGGUACACACAUUAGAAAAGGAGGGUUCGUGAAGACAUCGAACAACAGCGGAGGCAGGACGGUGUUACGUCGCGAGAGGCUGGGACCUCCAGGAUGCCAGGGGUGUGGAAGUUGCUACGUACGCUGAUCUAUAUGGUGAUUGGCCUGAGGAGCGUCAGUAGCAACAGCGACAUUUGGCCGCUGGAGAGACCGGAGGGGAUGCCGGCCAUCCAGUCCUUGGAGGUGAUGUGCGGAAAAGACCACAUGGACGUGCAUCUCUCUUUCUCGCAGCCCUUCGAGGGUAUUGUUUCGUCCAAGGGUCAGCACGCGGAUCCACGAUGCAUCUACGUUCCACCGUCUACCGGUCAGACAUUCUUCUCCUUCCGGAUAGCUUAUGCGAGAUGCGGUACGAAGCCGGAUAUGCACGGACAGUUUUACGAGAAUACCGUGGUGGUUCAGUACGAUAAGGACCUUCUCGAGGUUUGGGACGAGGCUAAACGAUUGCGGUGCGAAUGGUUCAACGAUUACGAAAAGACCGCGUCGAAACCGCCGAUGGUUAUCGCGGACCUUGACGUCAUACAGCUGGACUUUAGAG